AAGUUCAGAAUGGGGGAUAUCGAACUUGUUCACGCAAGGGCAGCAUAGAUUAUCACGUGAGUGCGUUGUAGAUUUGCCGAACUGAGUUGGUAGACGGCCGAGAAAAAUACGUAUUAAACAAUAAAAAUUUGCUGUUUAACAUUCAAUGAAUGAGUUUCUGGCAGAAAUCUCACAAUUUGAGUAACCCCUGCAUAAGGUUAAGAUCAAAUUAGUACCGUAACACUGUAAUGUUAUUAUGCCGACUUUCGGUUUGCCUUAUACUUUUCAGUGAGUUGCAAAGUAUUCUAAUUUACUAAGUUAAUUGCAACCAUUUUCCCUGUAUCAACAUCGAAAAACAUUAAAGCGCCCACAAGAAACAAAUGAAUAGCUGUGCUCGCGAUAUUGCGUGCUGCGUCGUAGAAUGAUUAUGUUCAUGUCAAUAAAAAAAAUUAAUAGUUCCAUUAGCCGUCUGACACACAGGUCCUUACGCAUUGUUUCAGUACCUUCCUUUUUGUCGUGAUUAAUUUGUCUAAGCGUGCUUAGUACUUAGAUGUUAGUAAGGGAUUCGAUUAUUUUUUCAAAACUGGUAUUUGCUUUAAUAAGGAAGAAGCUAUGUUAGCAAAAAAAGAAGCAAAGCGUUUUAUUUCAUUAUUAAAAUAUUAAGGAGCAUAUAACGAACUUUUCUAAGCACCUUUAUUGCGUGCGAUCUGACGGGUUUUAGGUGUGUAGCGUUUAACGUAACAGAAGUUGACAAACUUGUGCAGUAUUUUAUUGUUGGUUUUUUAAGGAAUGUUAUUUUAAAAAUAUUUUAUUUUCCUGUGCAGGAAAGGAGAUUGUCAUAAUACUUUUUUUUCUUCUGCUUUUUUAACUUCGGUAAUCCGUCGUGCGACACGCAAGGCGUUUCAGUUUUGACAACUGGUUAUGUAUUACGUCGGAACCAAGGACGGCCGAGAUAGCAGAAGUCCGCAUUUGUUACGAUGGUGUAUGUUGUUAAUACAUGUAAUAUUUCAGUCAUGUGAAAGACAUAUUGGAAAAUGUGAUGCAAAUGUUGCGCUGGGUCGUUUAAUCGGAAGAAGACACCAUUAAUUAACGAGAACAGUGUAUAAAACUGUACUUAUGUCAUUCAGUGUCUGUAAGCGGCCAUUGUGAAUUGUGACGUUUUGUUCGUAAAUUGAACAUUGACCGACUUGAACAAUUGCUGCCUGAUGAGAGAUCUGGUUUAUCAUAUCAGUAUUAGUUUCUACCCGUGGAUGGGUUGCAGAUAUUCUAAUUUCGUAGUUCGACAGGCUAGAAGGUGGUUGCUUCAUUAGCGUCUGCUUCGAAAGAUGCCUGUUGUUCUGUCGAAAUACAUUGAUGCCACAGCUGUUCGAUAUAAUGUUAAAAGAGAAAACGUUACCAGGAGCCUAGUUGCGUUGACCAUUUUUGUGUACGGCUUAAGAUUAGGUUAUCCAUACUUACAGUCGCUGUGUAAAAGUAGAAGACAUGGAACAGAACAGUGCGUUAUCAAUGGUAAGGAUUCAGAUGCUGUUGCACAGGCCAAGAAGGACGAGACGGCUGAAGACGAUACAUCAGCUGACAAGAAAAGGAAGGCCUCCAAGAGUAAUGACAGACAUCCGUCAGUAAAUCUUAAAUUCCUUUUGCAAUUACACAGACUUGUAAAAUUAAUGGUCCCAGGUAUAUGGACAGCUGAAACUGGAUUGUUGGUUGUGCAUUCGCUAGCUCUAGCAGCAAGGACUUUUUUGUCAAUUUACGUGGCAUCAUUAGAGGGCCAGAUUGUGAAAUAUAUUGUCCGACGAGAUGUGAGAAGCUUCGCGUUUAUGCUAUUGAAAUGGCUGGGCGUUGCUGUUCCUGCAACAUUCAUAAAUUCGAUGAUCCGCUAUUUGGAAAGCAAACUUGCCUUGGCAUUCAGAUCCCGGCUGGUUGAAUAUACAUACCGUAUGUACUUCAAAAAUCAGACAUACUACCGUACUGGCAACUUGGACUGUCGAAUAGAAAAUGCAGAUCACCGCUUAACAGAUGAAAUUACAGCAUUCACAUCUUCAGUUGCACAUCUGUACUCUCAUAUUACAAAACCUCUUUUUGAUUGCCUUUUGAUAGUAAUGGCUUUAGCCAGAACAAGCAAGAAGAUGGGAGCUGCUGUUAUCCCAGGUCCACUUCUGGCAGCUAUUGUUAUUGGGGUAACAGGGCAGAUCCUAAAAAUGGUGUCACCAAAAUUUGGAAGUCUUGUUGCUGAGGAAGCAAACAGAAAAGGUUACCUUCGUUACAUACAUUCGAGAAUUAUAACAAAUGCAGAAGAAAUAGCAUUUUAUGGUGGUGAAAAGGUUGAGUUACACCAUCUACAAAAAGCUUUUGCAUCUUUGAAGAAACAAAUGAAUGUUAUAUUCUCUCAGCGUCUGUGGUAUAUUAUGUUGGAGCAGUUUCUGAUGAAAUAUGUGUGGAGUGGUACUGGAAUGAUCAUGGUUUCUCUGCCAAUAUUAACUGGAUCAAAGAAGGAGGGUCAGAACAGUUCUCCAGAUGGGGGAGUUAGUGAGAGAACUCAGUAUUUUACGACUGCAAGGAAUUUACUUGGUUCUGGAGCAGAUGCUGUUGAAAGACUCAUGUCAUCAUACAAGGAGAUUGUAGAACUUGCUGGUUACACAUCUCGUGUGGGAGACAUGCUUGAUGUAUUUGAAGAUGUAAGCAAAGGAAAGUACCUUCGGGGAGUUGUUGCAGGUGCUGAUACAAAGAAUCAAAAAACUGAUGAUAAGAUGUUUCACCUGGAAUUUAAGAAUGGACAAGCUGUUGUAAAAGGAGUUAUCCAUGAAACAAGGGAUAAUACUAUCAGUUUAUUGAAUGUACCCAUUGUGACUCCAAACUGUGAUGUGGUGUGCAGUAGAUUAACAUUGAAGGUGGAACCAGGAAUGCAUCUCCUAAUAACAGGACCAAAUGGCUGUGGCAAGUCAUCUUUAUUCAGAAUACUGAGUGGCUUGUGGCCUGUUUAUGAUGGGGAACUUCACAAACCACCUACAUCUGAUAUGUUUUACAUACCACAGAGACCAUAUAUGUCAAUUGGUUCAUUGGCUGACCAAGUCAUUUACCCCCAUACUGAAAAGGACAUGAGAGACCGUGGGUUUACUGUGAAACAUCUACAAAAAUGCUUGGAGCUUGUUCAUCUGGACUACAUUGUAGAACGAGAAGGUGGCUGGCAUGUUGUACUCGACUGGAAAGAUGUUCUUUCUGGGGGUGAAAAGCAACGUAUGGCAAUGGCAAGACUUUUCUAUCACAAACCUAAAUUUGCCCUAUUAGAUGAAUGCACAAGUGCUGUGAGUAUUGAUGUUGAAAGUGAUAUAUAUCAAGCUGUAAAAGAUGCAGGAAUUACAUUGCUGACUAUUACGCACAGGCCAUCUUUGUGGAAGUUCCACACACAUUUGCUGCAGUUUGAUGGAGAAGGUGGAUGGAAAUUAGAAUCAUUAGAUUCCAAUGUACGGCUUACUCUUAAGGAAGAGAAACAAAAGCUUGAAGCUCAACUUGCUGGUGUACCUGAUGCUCAAAGGAGGUUAAAGGAACUAUGUGAAGUGCUUGGAGAGAGUAUGGAGUCAUAAAUCAGCUUCAGAAGCUGAUAGAAGCAGACAUGUGAUAUAUGAGACUUCUGUUAAAUUUUAGAAUGUCUUAAGGAAUACAAUUAAUGAACGUGCCAAAUUGUGGAUCACCCAUGUUGAAAAGUUUGCGUGUCAAUGGGAUGAGUGGGUACACAUCUUCUUUGAGUUUGAAAUGUGAUAAAGAAACUGUAUUAAUACAUGCAAGAGUUCCUUGUUUAUAUAUUUGUUCAGGUUUUUGUACUGUUACACAAAAAAUAAAAAAAAAUAAUUUUGUUA